AUGGCCGUCGAGAUAGACGAAGCGAAACCUCCCCUGGAGGCGCCCCACAGCGGCGACCCUCCAGACCAAACCCCGGACCUAGCGUCCCCGGCCACUACUGCCCCGCCGGCCUCUCCACCACCUCCCGAACCCACCCCCACCACCAACGUACGCUCGCGGCGAGUCAAAGUCAAGAUCGAAGACAUCGACGACGAGCUCCCCUCCCUCGAAGCCUACCUACGCCUCGGCGCCCGCACCUCCAAGGUCGAGCAGGCUAUCCGCCUCUUCCUCCAGGACCCCCGCAACGCCGAAGACGAUGAGGACUCGGCGUCCGAGAGCGGCGACGACGGGCCCAUGAUCACCGCCGCCGACACCGUCAUGUUGUAUAAAAACGGCGAGACGCUCUGCGACGAGCACCUCGUCACCCCGCCUUCCAAAAUCCACUACCGCGUCUACUACGCCGGCGAGACCCCGGCGACCUCACCCCGCGGCUCUACUUCCGAGGCCCCGACAAACGGGCCUGCGGAAAAAGUAUCGAGCAAGAUGGGGCUCGCGGACCCCAACGUCGUCGCCGUGUCCACGUGCGGGGGCAUGCGGCCCGGCCCGCUCGAGGGCGGCCACUGGGAGCUCAAGCGCGUGCAGUCCUGGCUGUGCCGCGACAUCGCCAUCGAAAUCGUGCCCGAGGACCAGUACGUCGUCGUGCGCGGCUGCUCCAAGCAGUACCUCUACCACCCGCCCCCGCACACCCCCGUGAGCAAAGACGGCACCACGGUGGGCGCCAUCAAGACGUGGCUGCGCGACACCCUCCUUCCCGGCGUGCACAAGACGUGCGGCAGCCGGAACCGCGUGGACCCGGACGACAUCACCAUGAAGGACCUCUACCUCGAGCUCGAGGACGACGCCUCCCCUUGUACCGAGCCUCUUGAUUUCAAUGAUGUCAAGGCUCAUGCUACUAAAUCGGUCUUUGAAAGGUACGAUAUGCUUCUCGCCAAGAAGCUGCUGAACAAGGUCCAAAACUUUUACUGGUGCCUCGCCAAGUCCUGUAACUCGGGCCAGGUCCACCUCCCCAGCGGCAGGUCGGAUAGCUCCUCGUGUCCGAAAACGCUAUUCCAGUGCCACGCGUGCGGCGGGAGGCAGUGUACCCUCCACGGCGUCAAGUGGCACGAGGGGCGGACAUGUCGGGAGCACGACGCGACGAACCCUUCCAAGUCCAAGCAGGACAAGGCGUCCGAGGUGACCAUCAAGGAGAUUUCGAAAGAGUGUCCCAAGUGCAAGCGCAACAUUAUAAAAUCCGUGGGCUGCAACCACAUGACUUGUCACUGCGGACACCAGUGGUGCUACCACUGUCGCGAAGCAUGGGAGUACGACGAGGAAAGGAGCCUCGUGUGCAAGCACAAGCCCAACUGCCCCGAGCACCACUCCAACCCCUUCUUCUACGAAGACCUCAUGCUCAACGACCCCGCGCCCGAGGAAGCCGCGCAGCAGCAGCAUCCCGCCGCCCUCCCCGUCGCCUUCCCCCGUCGUCCGUCCCCGCGUGGAACCCCGCCGAUGCCCACGGCGCGCGCUCUCCCGCGGGCGGACCCCGACAACGAGCAGCCGUUUAGGCACCGCGCUCUCACGACGAGAUUCCACGAGGCGCCCGCCGCGGCGUUUUCCCGGAUGACGAGCCACACCCUUUUGCCCCGGUUCCGAGGCGCCGCCCGCGAGAUCCCCCACCAGCACCGGGCCCCCACGGCCGAGGGUCGCCGCCAUAGAUUACAAUGCCGUGGCGCGCGAACACCGCAGGAGCUUGCCCGCGCCGGAACCGAGGCGGGCGCUGCCGGCACCGGAGCCGCGGAGGGAGAUGCCCCGCGGGAGAGGCAGUCUCACGUGCCGGACAACGUGGCGCGGCGGCCGCAGGUGUUUGCGCCGCGGUUUCCGACGAGGCAGAUGAUGAGUAGGCCGUGGGAUGAUUAA